GCGGCGGCGGGCGGCGGCGGCGGGGGCAGCGUGGGCCCGGGCCCGUCCCCGUCCCCGGAAACCCCUCCGGGCGAGGAGGCGCCCAUCGCCGCGGCCUCCCCGGACCGUCCCGCUGCCCCCGCCGGACCCGAGCCGCGGAGGAAGCGCAGGCGAGUGCGGGGCCGCAGCCCCCGGCAGGGUCCGGCUGGAGCCCGUCCGGCCGCUCCCGGCGGCGCCUCCCGCUGCCUCAGCCUCCCCCAGCCCAGCCGUGCCCCGGCCCCGCUUCUCCCCGUGGCACAGUGCCCAGGCGGUGCCCGGCGCUCCCCAGCCCCGGGAGCUGGUCCGGGGUCCCGCUGACCCAAAAUAAAUAGUGUUCCCUGGAGCUGCCCCAGCGAUCGGUCCCCUGUGUGACACAGCCAGGCGCGGCUCCGUGCCCAGCACCGGCCUGCCCGUCUCCUUGGGGCUGGCUCGGUCACCCUGCCCGCUGUGCCCCCUGUGUGUGGGGCAUCGGGGCUGUGUCCCCACUCUGUCCCCUGCCCGGUGCCUCGCUGAGCUGCUGUCAUCUCGUCUCUAUUCCAGUGUCCCCUCCAUCAACCUGAGCGGCUGCAAGUACGAGAGUGGUAAGUCAGAGGGGCAGGGUCCCGCAGGCUCUCCAGGGGCCUGCCCAGCCAGGAGCGCUGCUGGCACCCAGUUCCCUCUGGUUUAUUUGCCAGCUGGCACAGGGCCCUCGUGUUAGCGGGGAGUUUGUCACACUUUGGACUGAGAUUUCACCCGGUUUAAAAUGUGCAACAGCAGCGCGACCCCUCAACAUCCCCCACACUUGUGUUGGCCAGCUGUCUGCUAAAAUGGGCAAGAAGGGUUCCAUCAGGUACGGUGCAAGGGAGCACCUGGGCUGGGAGACAGGACCUGAGGGUUCUCAGCUGUUUAAAGUGCAGCUGGUGGUGGGCAGGCAGGAUGUGUACCUGGAGCCUCUCCCUGUGCUGUCCAUCCCUGGUGACCCCAGGGAGCUGGGCCACUCUCCCCUCCCACUCUCCUUCCACAGGCUGGGUCUUGAAAGAGCAAACUCCUGGCCCUUGAGGGCUGUUAUUAAUCUACUUUGCAAAGGGAUCUUGGUGUGCGUGGAUGCCCAUCAGCCCUGCCAUAUUGGCACUAGCAUGAACCAUCCCAGCAGAGACCUUUUCCUGCAGAGCUGUGUUCUGCCGCUAAAAGACCUUUGAUGUGGGAGAUUAAAUUCACACCGUCACAACAUUUGUAUCUGCCUGUGAGGUUAAGAGCCAUGGGAAGUUCAGUCCUGCUGUGGAGGGGCCCUGGCACCUCAAGACAGGUGGGAUUAGAGGGUUUAAAGUUCCCAGAACACUUGCAGCCAGAGGCUUGGAGAGUUGGCCAGAUAAAACUAGUGCUCCUGACACCUUCCACAGGCUCAUGCCAGUACCCUGCAGCCCGGAGAGCUGCACGCUCCAUCCCUUGUUAUUCUGGGGGGUGUCAGCCCUUGUGUGCGGCUCCUCAGGCAGAGAUCAGUGUCGCAUUGCACCCCCGGCCCCGGGGGGGUUCCCAGCCCCCGCCCUGGCCAGGCUGUCACCUUUGCCUCGGCACAGUGCGGCGGGCGGCGCAGCACUGCGGGCUGAAGGAGGCGGCCGAGCACGAGGAGUGGACGGUGUUCUGGACGGACAGCACGGUCACUCUGGAGCGCCUCAUGGAAAUGAAGCGCUUCCAGAAAAUCAACCACUUCCCAGGCAUGAUCGAGCUGUGCCGCAAGGACCUGCUGGCUCGCAACCUGAACCGCAUGCUCCGGCUCUUCCCCAAGGAGUACAACAUCUUCCCCCGCACGUGGUGCCUGCCGGCCGACUACGGAGAUUUCCAUGCCUAUAGAUCCACGAGGAAAGCAAGAACGUUCAUCUGCAAGCCCGACAACAGCUGCCAGGGAAGAGGGAUCUUCAUAACCCACCACCCAGAGGAGAUCAAGCACGGGGAACGCAUGAUCUGUCAGCAGUACAUCUCUGAGCCCUUCCUCAUCGAUGGCUUCAAGUUUGACAUGCGCAUCUACGUGCUGGUAACAUCCUGUGACCCGCUGAGGAUCUUCCUCUACAAGGAGGGCCUGGCCCGGUUUGCCACCAUGAGGUACAUCGAUAACAGCACGAGAAACCUGGGUGACAUCUGCAUGCACCUGACCAAUUAUGCAAUCAACAAACACAAUGAGAACUUCAUCAAGGACGACAUGGUGGGCAGCAAGAGGAAACUGUCCACCCUGAAUACCUGGAUGGCAGAGCACAACUAUGACACAUCAAAGCUCUGGGCAGAUAUCGAUGACAUUGUUAUAAAGACACUGAUUUCAGCUCACCCUGUGCUGAAACACCAUUACCAGAGCUGCUUCUCCAACCACACUACUGGCUGUGCCUGCUUCGAAAUCCUGGGCUUUGACAUUUUGCUGGAUAGAAGGCUGAAGCCAUGGCUGCUGGAGAAAGAAGGUGCUGGAGGAAGACAAGCGGCGGGUAAAGGAACGGCUCCUUCAGGCCAACCAGACUCCCUGGGAGUCCAGGUAUUGCUGAUCCCCCACAGUGCUGCACGUCCCAGUGAGCAAAGACAGGGCAUGACAGCAGGAUAGCACCAGGGCUGGCUGCUGGAAGCUCCCAGAGCCUGUGGCAUUGCGCAGCCUCUGAGCUCUCCCAGGCCAUCUGCAUCCCGCAAGGAGGAGCCAGGGCUCCUCUCUGGGUGCCAGGAGAUCUGUGACACCUUUGCUCUGGGCCCUGACAGAGCUCUGCCCAAGCUGCACCUGCUUGUAAUCUCUUUUGCUGGGGAUGGGCAGUGCCAGCAUCCUGGGCUGGCAGGGAUGCUCACAGGAGGAACCACAGCCCUGUCUCAGGAACUGGGGGUACCCUGGGCAUGGGCCCUUCUUCAGGGCAGGGGUCCUUUCCAGGACUGAGGGUUUCCCGUUCCUCUGUCUGCCCUGUGUCCUUUCACAAGCCCGGGUGCAAUGAGCCUGCUGCCUUGCAGCCAGGGCGUGGCUCUCUCCAGCUGCUGUAAUCCUGGGACAUGCUGAACACGUCAUCCCUGCGCUCUGCCUGUCCCAGAGCCUCUCCAGAGCUCCCUGUCCUCCCUCC